CAAAAACUUUCAUCAUAUAGUAAAGUUCCCCUGUUUCAAACCUUUUUUUCUCUCUUCAUCAAUGGCUACCAAGGAAAACAAAGCCAUAGGAAUAGACUUAGGCACAACCUACAGCUGCGUCGGAGUAUGGCUAAACGACCGAGUUGAAAUCAUACCAAACGAUCAAGGCAACCGAACCACGCCUUCCUACGUCGCCUUCACCGAAACAGAGCGUCUGGUCGGCGAUGCUGCCCGGAAUCAGGCCGCAAUCAACCCGCACAACACCGUCUACGACGUCAAACGCCUCAUCGGCCGGCGAUUCUCCGACCCUUCUGUCCAGAGCGACUCAAAGCUCUGGCCCUUUAAGGUCACUCCCGGUCCAGGCGAGAAGCCUUUCAUUUCCGUCAAACACAAAGGGGAAGACAAGAAGUUUGCUCCGGAGGAGAUUUCUUCUAUGAUUCUUGAUUACAUGAGGCUGACUUCGGAGGCGUUUUUGGGUUUCAAAGUGAAUAAUGCUGUGGUCACUGUGCCUGCUUAUUUCAAUGAUUCUCAACGGCAAGCGACGAAAGACGCCGGUUCGAUUGCCGGGUUGAAUGUAUUGAGGAUUAUUAAUGAACCGACUGCUGCUGCAAUUGCGUAUGGAUUGGAUAAGAAGCAUUCGAGAAGAGGGGAGCAGAAUGUUUUGGUGUUUGAUCUUGGUGGAGGGACUUUUGAUGUUUCUCUGUUGACAAUUGAAGAAGGGAUUUUUGAAGUGAAAGCCACAGCUGGAGAUACUCAUUUGGGUGGGGAAGAUUUUGAUAAUAGGCUUGUUAAUCAUUGUGCUUCUGAGUUCAAGAGGAAGAACAAGAAAGAUGUUACUGGAAAUGCCAGAGCUUUAAGGAGAUUGAAAUCUGCUUGUGAAAGGGCUAAAAGAACGCUAUCAUCCACAACUCAGACUACUAUUGAGGUUGAUUCUUUACAUGAAGGAGUGGAUUUUUACAGUAGUAUUACAAGAGCAAGAUUUGAAGAGCUCUGUAUGGAUCUGUUCAUGAAAUGUUUAGAUCCUGUGGAGAAAGUAUUGAGGGAUGCCAAGAUUGAUAAAUCAAAAGUUGAUGAAGUUGUUCUUGUUGGAGGGUCAACCAGGAUUCCAAAAGUACAGCAAUUGUUGCAGGAUUUCUUCAAUGGGAAAGAUCUCUGCAAGAGUAUUAAUCCUGAUGAGGCUGUUGCUUAUGGUGCGGCAGUUCAGGCAGCAAUCUUGACCGGAGAAGGCGAUUCAAAGGUUCAGGAUCUUCUAUUGCUCGAUGUAACUCCGUUGAGUCUUGGCCUGGAAACAGCCGGCGGUGUGAUGACGACUUUAAUUCCGAGGAAUACAACAAUCCCGUGUAAGAAAGAGCAGAUUUUUUCCACGUAUUCGGAUAAUCAACCGGGUGUUUUGAUCCAGGUUUAUGAAGGCGAAAGAGCCCGGACGAGGGAUAACAAUCUUUUGGGCAAAUUCGAACUCACCGGAAUCCCUCCGGCACCCAGGGGAGUACCUCAGGUCAAUGUUGUCUUCGACAUUGACGCAAACGGGAUACUGCAUGUGACGGCGGAGGACAAAACGGCCGGAGUGAAGAAUCAGAUCACCAUUACAAACGACAAAGGGAGGCUGAGCAAGGAUGAGAUUGACAGGAUGGUGAAAGAUGCAGAGAAAUACAGGGCUGAAGAUGAAGAAGUGAAGAAGAAAGUGGAAGCCAAAAAUGGGUUGGAAAAUUAUGCUUAUAACAUGAGGAACACUGUGAGGGAUGAGAAGUUUGCUUCCAAGUUAAAGCCAGAGGAUAAGGAGAAGAUUGAGAAGGUUGUUGGGGAAGCUAUAGAGUGGUUGGAUAGGAAUCAGUUAGCAGAAGUUGAUGAACUGGAGGAUAAAUUGAAGGAGCUGGAGAAUGUUUGUAAUCCUAUAAUCUCUCAAAUGUAUCAAGGUGGUGGAGGCAGCUCGGGCAUGGAUGAGGAUGUGCACGGCGGUGCGGGUGGUGGCUCUAGUGGUGGUGCUACUGGAUCCGGCGGUCCCAAGAUUGAAGAGGUCGAUUGAUGGACAGAUCUCUAGGUGCUUACAAGUCGCAAGUACUCUGUUCUUUUCUUUUUCAAGUGUUGAAAUGUUUUUC